CUUUGAACUACGCGUUAUUGUGAAGACGAUGUCGCCCGGCCAUUUUGGAACCAUCAAAGAGAGACAUUGACCUUUCGACCCCGAUUCAUUCUCUCACUGGCUGUCGCACACUGUUGCUCCAUCCUCUGAUGACUGUUCGUGCGGAGACUGUGUGCGCACUGGCCCCUGGACGCUGGACGCGCUCCACAAAGAUCAUCGCCAGGCCAAGGUCAAGGCCAGACUGACCGGACCAGACCACCUUUUCAGCAAAUAUAGCCACGCCUCCUUGGCUAACUCAGAUACGCAAUUGUUCAGAACAUGCCCUGGCAGCCGCUGCCUCUUUCCUAUGCGGUAGCCAUCUAUCCCUUUCAGCCUUCGGCAUCUCCUGCCGAACUCCCACUUCAGAUUGGCGAUCAGUUGUAUGUCAUCGAGCAGGGCGGCAAAGAUGGCUCCUGGUGUCGCGGCUAUCUGGUCGCUCCUCUCACCCUAUUAUCGGCCUUGACACCUGGGGGAAGGACUGCUGCUGAUGCGCGCGUAUUUUCUGGUAUCUUUCCGAGAUGCUGUAUCGAAAUUCGGGAGCAACUGGGUCCUGAAGUCCCCGUGGCUAUUCAGACAGGUCAGCCCAAACCACAGGCUCCUGUACCGAUGCUGAAGAUUGGGGAUGAAUCGCCAACCUCUUCAGUGGAGCCCGUGGUGGAUGAAAUAUCCUCCUGUCUUCGAGAGUGGUACAUUCUUCACCUUCCGGAUCUAGUACUGCGCCGAGAGUACCAUCUUCUUGACCAGAUGUCUGAGAUCUCGCGUCGCCUUGACUAUGCACGGAGAGAGCUACUGAACGAUGUCCUGACGGCACAAGAGCGGCUGCAAGUACGAAACGAUGCAGUCUGGGACUUGGUGCGAGGCAACAAAAUGCUGAGCGGCGAGGUUAUCGUGCGAGAUGCUACGCAGCAGGGCCGACUACUGACUUCGGAGGAUUCUGCAAUCGACAUGACCAAAUUACAAGCAGUGAUGAGUGUCCUGGAUGCGCCGCCCUUGGAGAAGUCAAAAGCUACCUCGCUACACCACUGUCUGCUUGAGGUCAAAUCAGUGGUUGGCUCUGAAUUGGACUCUGCAACAUUAAGCUUGGCACUCUAUCGCAAAGACUCUGACGGCAAUGCGAUCUCCUUUUCUGAGACGUACAGCUCCGUCGGCUCGGCUAAAAUGAAGACUCUCUUCUCAGAUCUUAGCACAAGAGAUAUUGGGGAAGCUGGCGAAAUAUCUCUGACCAUGAAAGUUGUCGUUCCAGAAGCUCCGCGAAAAGCGAAACGACGAGCUUUGGAACGACUACCAUCCAGAAACGGGACCUUACUUGGCCAACGCCAGCUUUCUUUGAAUCGUCGAAGGUCAAGUUUGAUGUUCGGCAAGCGCAAAAACGCCGAAAGACCACAGCCUGGUCAAAACGGUCGAGCGACGCCCCAGGUUCAUGACAGGGCUCGGACACCGUCGAUACCAGAGGAUGAAGAAGACGGGUCUCCAAACGUCCAAGGUCCUCCUGUACCACGGACAGUUGGUGUCGGGAUUCUCGAUGUGAACAAGAUAAUACGGGAUGGCGAGCCUCACGAGGAGACCAUCCCUAUAUGGUCACUCUCUUCACAAGACGACGAAGACAACCGAGAGAUAGACUCUAGGAUCACGCAGCUGUUGGACGGCUCAGGAAAGGCUCUAGUGGUGUUGUCUCAUUUAUCAAGUGUUACAGUUAAACUGACUCCGUACAAUGCCCCUGAUGCCGAUACUCUGAUCAAGAACAAUCCGACCGCGAUGCAUCUGGUCACCAAAACUCAGAAAAUCGGUUUCUCGGAGGCGCCUUCCAAGCCUCGGUCUGAUAUCUACCUGAGACUCAACAAAGCCGUCAUAUCCCAAGGAGCACAUCUGUCCCACCCUGAGCUGAAUGUUGCGCCCAUCAAAGCUCAGACAAUGCAGAACCUGCAGUUGACCAUGGAAGUCCGUGAUUCUUCCGGACGGCGCGUGGAACAUUGCAUAUACCCAUCAUCUAAUGGGGCUGGUGUGACUGCAUUUCGAACAAAUGCUGUUAGCCUUGACUCUUUUUGGGAUCAGACGCUGUGCCUGCGAUUACCGACAGAAAAAGUACCGGAGAGCCAUCUAGUGUUGAGUGUUGCGGACGCUCCUGAAUUUCCUUUCGCAUUGGCUUGGAUGCCGCUGUGGGACAAGCAGGCUUUCAUCAGUGACGGAAAACACUCCCUCAUCCUCCACGCAUACGACAAAGUUACUUCCAGUAUCGUUGAUGGUCGUGGCGCCUACCUAUUCCUACCAUGGAACAAUGCCAAUUACAGAACCGUACACGAGGGAAGCUUUGCCAACAUCGCCUCAUUGGAAGUCGAUACUCUCCUCUGCAGCACCGAGUACUCGCAAGAUCGAACGUUGGUCAGCCUAAUCAAUUGGAAGCAUCAGACGUCGGUCCAACUGCUAGGAAUAUUACAGAAGCUUACCUUCGUACCCGAGAUUGAAAUAGUGAAACAGCUCAGAGAUGUCCUCGAUGCGCUAUUCGGUGUUCUUGUGCACAAGUCCGGCGAGUCCAAAUUCGAAGAUCUCAUUUUCAAUGACAUCGUAUGGGUUCUGGGAAUCGUGCAUGACAGGAGGUACAAUUUGGGGCCACUUGUUGAGAACUAUACUGAAAAUCACUUCCGGUCGCCGUACGCUGCAUCCUGUCUAAUACGCAGCUUCACCAGACUUCUACAAAGCGUGUCGGAUCCUCAGAGCGCGCGUGAUAUGAGAGCUCUGUUCAAGGUCGGCAGGACAUUCAUGAAGAUCGUCAUAACUUCUUUUCAACAGCGACGCUUCGGGUCGCAAACGCAUGCGAAGCGCGACGAAAAGCACUCGACGUUUAAAGAAGACAUGCAAGCCAUUCUAUUUGGCUUGCAGAUGAUGAUGCGCAGUGAGACGGCGGCCUUGGUAGGCAGCAAGACGCUUUUGGUACGGGAGUUUCACACGUGGCUUCCUGAACUUCUGCCGGCAUUCAGCAAGGAGGAAGUCAUGCGGACGGCUAUCGAGUUCAUCGACUCCUGCGAGGACGCAACCGGCAAGCUAGUCCUUUAUCGGCUCAUUCUCAUACUAAAUUACACCAAAUUGGACCAGGUGUGGGUGGAUGACAGGGACAAAAAGAUGCUCGUUAAGAACUGCGUCAAGUGGUUGUCGCCCUAUUGGAUCCAAAAUGAUCUGACCGACAACUGGCACGAGCAGGUUCGAUUGUGCUGCUCGAUCGUGGCCGAGUUGACAAGGUUUCCAACACACUAUCUUCACGAGUUCAUGCCGAAACUCAUAUCUGCUUAUGAAAGUAUCGCAGAGGCACCGCCAAUGAAACGACGAUCGCUGUCUCUGCUAUUUCCGGACUCGUACCCAUUCGUUACCAAAGCAGCGGACAGCAAAGACGCGUUCGAUGAGACACUACUCGAGUUGUCGGCGCUGGUAGCCACGAUCUCCAGGUUGAAAGCUCCCUCGAAUCCCAGGCUGCAAGGUCAAGAGCUAUCAAAGUACAUACUCUCAACGCUAACCGUCUUACGCUCCCUCCUGCAGAAUAAUGCAUGUCCCUCGACUUGGCUCAGUCUGCACAUUUACCACUACUCCUCUGCGCUGACGAUCCUCAACUACCUCUCCAAUAUUCUCAUCUCAAUGUACCUACCCAGUCCCGAAGAAGCAGAAACCCCAGAACACGCCGACAGUUUCAACUUGAAGAUGAGACUCUGGAAAUCCUUCCUUGACACGCUGCUCAUGCUCGUCUCUUCGCCAGGCUUGGCGCUCGAACUCUUCCCAGAACAGAAACGCCGCGCAGUGUGGAAAAUAGCCGGCGACGUCCGCCAGUCCGGCGCAGACCUCUUACGCAAAUGCUGGGAGAGCCUUGGCUGGGAAGCGACACCCGAUGACCAGCGGCGGUAUAACAUCCGCAGAUUGGGCGGGUACCAGGUUCAAUAUGUGCCCAGCCUCGUCGCACCGACUAUCAGACUGUGUCUCAGCAUGCAUGAGGGCCUUCGUAAAAUCGCCGUGGAGAUCUUGCAGACUAUGAUUGUGAACGAGUGGGCACUCAGUGAUGGCGAGAGUCUCGAGCUCAUCGAGACGGAGAUCAUCGGCGCGUUGAACUCGAUCCUUAAGGCGAAACCUGUCACGGCGAACGAGGCUAUGAGCCGCAAGAUAUUCAUCGCGGAGUUGCUGGAGUUGUUCAGCACGAUUGCGAAUCAACCGGACGAUGCAUUGUGGACGGCAAUUGAAGAGCUCGUGGCCACGAUUGAUGAAUUGGUUGAUCUGCUUACGAGCACGGAAUUGGAUGAUGAGUUCGGUCACGCGAGUCCUGAGGGCGACACCGGGCGCAACGGACAUGUGAAAGGGAAGGAUAGUGAUUCCCAGAACUCGGAAGCGAAGGAGCUUGCGAGGGCGAGACGGAGUAUUGAUGGGCUCAGUCCGUCAAGCCCUCAGCAGGCCAGGGAGAAAGAGUACGGCGUGCAUGCGCUUGAGUGCUACAAGCAGCUCGCUGAAGAGUACGAGCGGAGUGGGGACCAUAAGAGAUUGGCCAAGACACACAGGGCGAUUGCACGGAUUCAUGAGGCCAGGGCAGCGAGUCGGGUGGGGGCGGUGAGGGAGGGCGUUAAUGGAAGACGCAGGUACGAGGAUGGAGACGGCGAAGAGGAUGAGGAUUAGGAAUGAAAACCGCAAUCAGGUUCGGUAUCUCAGAAUUCUGCGCGCGUUGGGCUGGAGCUUGAGAGUGAUGCUGCUCUUGGGGAGUAUUGGAUUGCCGCUUUGGUGUCUUGGGAGGCUGCGCUUCAGCAUGGAAUUGGAUUGACUCUAGAUUGACGGCUGGCUGGCGGUGAACAGGCUGGUGUUGGUACAGUGCAAGCCCUUGAUACCCUUGCGUGCUGGUUAGUCCGGUGUUUGGGACUUUGGCAGGCUGAGCGAUAAUUCAGGACCGGAUGCGCAAGGAAGCGGACUGGACUCGCUUAAGGACUGUGUUAUUCCGGGGGGGUUGGGGUUUUCAUUCUUUGGUGGUGAUAUGUGUAGAGCGGACUCUUUCUCUUGUAUCAGGUCUUUCAAAAUUAGCGACAUGGAAAUCGAUCCUUGGCUGUAGAUCAUUCUCCGUCCGAGUCAGUGCUCGGCGAUUUGGAUCCAGGAGCACUACAGGAGCUGAUGAGGUUGAGUCUGUCAGAUCAAUGCGAUCAAGUUUAGUAUGC